GUGGAACACAAAAGUUCUCUGACACAGAAGAGAGAGAAGAGAAGAUUGUGCCAGGACAAGGCUGCCCUUGGCAAUAUUACAGCAGCAGGCAGAGGAGGGGCCUGAGCCUGUUCAGCCUAGCUAGCUCGGAAAAGCUGUUUCAUGCAGUAGGAAGUCACAUUUCACUCUUUUUUUGUUUUGUUUUGUUUCUUUUCCUAUAGCUCAGUGUUGUAUUAGAAGAGCUGAGGACCUUACAGCUGUGCAGCCAUGCCAGGAAGGAGGAAGCAUGCAGGAGGUGCCAAGGGCCCCAAAGAGCAUGGCGAUAAGAAAGCAGCCACGGAGACCAAACCUACAGACAAGAAAACACCAGAGUCAGCGGAGAAAAAGCAAGGAAGUGCAAGUGCCAGCGCCACUGCUAGUGCACCUUCGACAGCAGCUUCAGCAGCGAGCAGUAAGGUACCAGCAUCACAAGAAAGGACUAUGAAACCAGCAGAUCCAAAGGCAAAACCAGCACCAGCACCAAAACCUGAACCACCCAAAUCUACACAAACGACAAAGCCAAAGACGACGACAACAACAUCAUCAUCAUCCACAUCUUCAUCAACAGCAGCAAAGCCGAGUCCAGGAAAGGGCCCAACAAAGCAGGAUUCAAAGAAAGCAGAUGCUGGGAAGCCAAAAGAUGCAGUCUCAUCUGUUGCUGGCAAAGCAGCUGCCACUACAGUAGCUUCAUCUAGCAAACCUAAAGGCGAGGUCUCGUCAUCUGUUGCUGGCAAGGCAGCUAUUGCUACAGUUGGUGCUGCAGCAGUAGGCGCAGCUGCAGUAGGUGCCGCUACAGUAGCUUCAUCUAGCAAACCUAAAGAUGAGGUUAAAGAAGAAAAGAAAGUGAGCGUGGACAAAAUUUCUGCUGCUACUACUCCAAGCAAGGAAAAGGAUGAUGCUUUAGAUCUGUUAAUUGAUUCUUUGGGAGGACCAGAAAGUGUUCCAGAGUCUCCAAAAUUUACUGGACCAGAGAUCGUCGACACCCCUGCCACAUCAGAAUAUCUAGAGGAACUGGGAAAGAGAGAAUCAUCAAUCCCACCAGAAUACAGACAUCUACUGGAUGGUAAAGGAGAAAAGCCUACAGAACCCCCACCAAAGGCAGCCGAAGAGGCUUUGGGUGAUGAUGAUCUUAUUGCAGCAAUGUCAUCUGAGUUUGUCAGCAGUCCGACUCCACCUGAAGAGAAGAAGCCAAAACUAGAAGAGAAAAAAGAAGCACAGAAGGCGUCAACAGCUCCUACUGCAUCUUCACAGCCCCAGUCUAUUGACUUAUCAGACGAAGCUUUAGAUGCACUUCUGGGCACACUUGAGGGUCCCCCAGUAAAUGUACCCGAAUCACCACAAUAUACGGGUCCAGAAGUAACAGAAAAUAUUACAUCGACAUACUUGGAGGAACUUGGUAAGAGAGAUUCAUCAAUACCUCCAGAAUACAGGCACUUGCUCGAUGGGAAAGAUCACAGUAAACCUUUACCACCAUUUCCAGCAGCGAAGCUUGAGCCAGCACUGACUGACAUGGAUGUGUUGGAUGAAUUGUCAAAGGAUUUUGAAUUUUCUCCUCCUUCGCCUGCCAAGCCCUCUGCUCCUCCUGCUCCUGCUGCUGCACCCAAAGACACUAAACAAGACAAACAAGCAAAAGCAGAUGUUGUCGUACCUUCCUCAGCAUCCUCUGUGCAGGCUGCCACAGCGACCUCUGCUGGUAUGGACACGGCUUUAGAUGAAUUAAUGGGUACUCUAGAAGGCCCUGAAUUUAAUGUACCGGAGUCUCCUGCCUACACAGGUCCAGAAGUAACGGAAACUUCUACAGCAACACACAUUGAAGAACUUGGAAAAAGGGAAAGCUCCAUCCCUCCAGCAUACAGGCACUUGUUAGAUGGAAAAGCAGGUGAAAAACCAGCAGCGCCCCCUCCUGAAGAAAAGCCUAUGACAGAAAGUGAGCUGGCAGAUGAAUUGGACUUUACAUGUUCCCCAUCCCCAGUUGUACAGAAAACUCCUCCUGCCAAACCAAAAGAUACUGAAUUGAAAAAGGCAGAGCCCGAAUCUGUGGUUAGUGCCACCUCCUCCUCAUCUGUCCAGGCUACACUUUCUAAAGCACCGACAUGCAAAGCUGACCCACUGGAUGCCUUGUCUGGGACAUUAGGAGUCAGGAAAGAAGACCCAAAAGACAAAAAAACUGCUGCAGAUUCAGUAAAGGAGCAAACAGGCAAAGACAAGAAGGAUAAACUAGGAGAAGAUGAAAAGACAAUACCUCCUGACUACAGACUAAAGGAAGUUAAGGAUAAAGACGGGAAGCCUCUUUUGCCAAAACCUGAAGAAAAGCCUCAGGCAAUGAGUGAGGACGAUCUUCUGGAUGCUUUGGAUGAAGGGUUCGUCACCUCUCCUGCUGCUUCUCAAUGUCCUCCACUAAAGUCAUCAGAGAAACCAUCUCAGAAAUCUGGGUCUGAAGAGAUUGUAUCCUGUUCUAAAGUUUCAUCUGUGCAUUCCAGUGCUCCAAAGCCGCCAUCUGUCUCUAUACCUGAUGAUGCAUUAGAUCUGCUCUCUGGUUCUCUGGGAACAAGAAUAGAAGAUCCAGAUGAAAAGAAGCCUGUAGUAGACCUGGUAAAGGAAAAAGCCAAAAAGGAGCACAUUGACCGGCUUGGAGAUAGAGAUGACACAAUCCCUCCUGAAUAUAGGCACAUUUUGGAUGGUAAAGAUCAGGGUAAACCUGCAAAACCAGAAGAGGUGAAGCCAAAGGUAAAAAUGAAAUCUGUAUAUUUCCACUAUUUACAUUUUUGGGGACCUUCCUAACCAUAGUCCAUUAUUAACUAUCAAAAGUUACUAAGUUGUAUAUGUACAAUUCCUCAACCAAUAUGUACAGCUCUCUGCCCACAAUAAAACACUUGACAUAAAAAAAUAAACCUCACAAUAUUAAUACACAUUUAAAGGACAUAGAUAGAAUAUACACUAUAUUAUAUUGCUUACCAAUCAACAAGUCACAUUAAAAAAAAAUAAGAAUUUUAAGAAACCAAGAUCAAUUAUAUAACAGGCCUAAAUAAAAAAAUAGUUUUGCAGCAUUAUCAUGCCCCAGUUCAGCAGAAAACAUCUACAAAAUCUAUUAAAAUACAAUUAAAAUCUAAUUAACUUUAUAAACAGCACAUAGUCAUGUACAAAUAUAUGACUCAAUGUGAAAUAAGUAGUCACAUAUAAUUUAUAGAAUUGGUUUCACUGUUAAACGUAAAGCAUAGUACACAAUUACCAGGCAUCUCAUGAUCCUAUUAGCAUGGAGUCUGAAAGGCUGUGAGCUGUGAUCAUGCAGUUUUUAAUUGUAAAAAAGAAUAUGUCUAAUUAACUACAGAAAUAUGAGAACCGAUCGCACAACAGAUGUCCACUCACUGACCCAAAUGAAAUCAAUAAUGUAAGAUGGCUUCAGCUCUGCUCUCCGCCCACAGACGCGUUUUGCCCCCCUAGUGGGUUUAAUCAUUGUGACUGCACACAUUUUUUUGUAGAUUUUAUGGUUGGAUAUCCACAAACCUUUGGCCAUAUAGCGCACUUUAUAAGUGCAGUUUAUUGACUCCAUCCAUUCUAAAUGAAAUGUGAGCCCAACUGACUAACAGAGUUUAUGUUCCAUAGUAGCAUUGGAAUUGUAUAAUACCUGGUUAUCAAGUCAUCCUCAGAGUCCUCUAUUUCCUGAAAUAAGGGGGAUGUUUCAUCCUUUGUGCUGGGUUAGCAUCUUGAAAAAGCAGGGCAGUAGGGGGCCUUUGGGGUGCCCUCACUUCCCUGGAUGAUGGUAUACUAAACUCGGCCUUCACCUCGAUGCAUUUUUCCUUCAACUCUGACUCCCCCUCCCCUAUCGGUGUUUUUUUUUUCUCUUCUCUCUUCAUCUUUUAUCUCUUUUCUUUAUGAAUUCUUUCCCUUUAUGGGGCUUCUUCCUUUCUCCUUUUGCCUCUUCAGAUAUGUAGAGGUUUUUCUUCUUAGCAAAGCAUGUUGUCAGGGCAUACAAGAGAAGCAGGUCUAACGGAAGAUAGAAUGGGGACUCUCUCAAAUAUCUAGUUAUUAUUUUUUUUGUUGAUGUAUUUGAGAUAGGAGUAAUGCUGUUAAUUGGAUUUUGAAUGGAUUCUUUGGAACUUAUAUGAUUGAUGGAUUAAUUAAAUUGUUUGUUUCUCUGUAUGUAUGACAACUAAAAUAAAGAAAUAAUAAAAAAAUAAAAAUAAAAAGCAGGGUAUCACCCAACCCGAAAACCGGUCCAACCCAAUCAUUCAGUUUUUUGGUAGAUGCUGAAGUAGGUAUAUGUCAAAUAUAAGCUGAAGUUUUUGCUAGGUAUGAGAAAUCAAAAAAACAAAACAUUAUUUUUUCUGGCAGC